GGCUGUUGAGGGCAGUAGGCAAGAGAGAGUCAGAGAGUGAGAGUGGAGUCGUUUUGCUGCGGCUCCUCAGUAAACCCAAGUUGGAGACAGAGGGCAUUGUAUUGACAGCAGCAUGAUCCUUAUCACAUUUGGACUCUAUCUUCCACUAUUGUUUUGUUAUGUCUUGUCUCAGUCCUCUUUCCUGGACAAUAUUCUCUCAUUCCCAGCAGCUCUCCAACAACAACCUGCCGUGGACCAGCAGAGGAAAUUCAACCCCUGCUGUUUACUGAGUCCACCCCCGCCCCCCCUAUUCCCUCCUCCUCCCUCACUGUGGCACCCCAGUGGUCAUAAUGAGGAGCCCAGUAAGGGAGGUGAUCACAGACCAGAUCCAGAUAUAGGGACGGAGCUGAAAGGGCCCAGCUGUGUCCCAGGCCCCCCUGGCCCCAACGGACCCCCCGGUCCCCAGGGUCCAGCUGGGCUACCAGGUCUGACGGGACCAAAAGGUGAAAAGGGAGAACUGGGACGACCUGGACAAAAGGGUCGGACGGGGCCUCCAGGUCUCCCGGGGCGCCAGGGACCAGCCGGGUGGCCAGGACCAAAUGGGCCCAAGGGGGAGAAGGGAGAUGGUGGAUUGAUGGGAAUACCUGGAGCAAGAGGACCUCUUGGACCUAAGGGUUUACCUGGAUACAAAGGAGAAAAGGGUUCCCGUGGUGACCGUAGUGAGAGAGGGAUGAAGGGAGACAAGGGCACAAUGGGCUUCCCUGGAAUGCUUGGACAGAAAGGGGAAAUGGGUCCAAAGGGAGAACCUGGAAUCUCAGGGAAUAGAGGACCGACGGGCAGACCAGGGAAGAGGGGCAAACAGGGAGGGAAGGGCGACAAUGGGAUUAUUGGCCCUCUAGGUCCAGCAGGUCCUCAGGGGCCCCCAGGCCACCCUGGUCCCCCAGGUCUCCCAGCCUCAGGACUCUACGUGGUUGGAACGAAAGGUGAGAGGGGGCUACCAGGUCUUCCUGGACCUUGCAGCUGUAACUCCAUUAGUGUGAAGAGUCCACAGCUUGAUGAACAUAGUUCCAGGAGCGACUACGCCAAAGUGCCAGCGAUAUUUGUGGUAAACAGUCAAGAAGAACUAGAUGGUCUUCAUACGGACAAUGCCCUAGCCUUCCGGAAAGACCAGAGGUCGCUUUACUUCAAAGACACCAGCGGAUGGCUGCCCAUUCAGACUUCUUUCUUCCAGCUGACACCGUUCCAGUCUACGGAGAACGCUCCGGAACAGGAAGGUUACUGUGGCGACGGGAUCGUUCAGAUCCCCAAUGGGGAGGAAUGUGACGACGGGAAUAGGAUUGUCACCGACGGCUGCGUCAAGUGUAAACAUGCUUACUGUGGAGAUGGUUAUCGCUACGACGGGGCCGAGGAAUGUGAUGGAAAGGACUUUGGCUAUCAGACAUGCAACUCAUAUCUCCCAGGGUCUUAUGGUCGUCUCAGAUGCACUCCGUACUGUGUCAUUGACUCUACAAACUGCAAGUAUUUCACAUGAGGAGGAACCUGGACACAGCAGUGGGAUCCUUCUUGUCUCGUUUGCUUUGGUACUGAACAGGAGGACGGCAAAUAAAAGAUCAACAACAACACUGCAAACAAGAGACUCAAAAAGGAAGUGUUGACAAACUGGACUAAGCCUGACAAAAUAACCAAAACUACACACACUAACUCUGUUGUAUCGCUGCUGAAGCCAUGUAGCUCCCGAGGAGGGGAGCCGGGGCCAGUAAAACGCCCCCUCAUCCAUUCGCACUGGACAAUUUCACUUUGUCUUAAAUAAAACUCAACUCAAGACUGAAGAGGCUCUGCCCACCUGAUAGGACCAGCCGCUGAAGGAGAGGCGGUCAAAUGAGAGACAGCCAGGAAGGGAGAGACAGCCAAUGGGAAAGCUCUGAGAAAGUGAGAGACUCGUGGGUGGAGCCGGAAGCCAUAUUUACCUCGACGUAGCACUGUUAAAGAAGAGAGAACCAGGUCUGAACAAUCAGAAGUAGGGUGCUGUGUAUUUUACUGCAACGUCAAUGACGUCAUGUACUGUAGCAUUUGCAUGAGGCUGAGAUUGCUGUGAGACCAUGGCCACAGAUGUCAUUACCUAGGAAUUUAACCAAUCACAAUACUUACUAUCGUUGUCAUGAGCUUCGUACUGUGUAUAUAUAGUAGGUAUACGUCUCCAAUUGUACGUAGGGAGUAUAUUGUAUGUUAUAAUUGUACUAAUCAGGACAGCAGGGGCAUGUUAUAAUGAUACAGUAUUCAGGAGGAUUCUGAGAGCCUUGGUCAGUCUGUACUGAAGAGGCAGAUCUUAAGCCUUGGUCAGUCUGUACUGAAGAGGCAGAUCUUAAGCCUUAGUCAGUCUGUACUGAAGAGGCAGAUCUUAAGCCUUGGUCAGUCUGUACUGUAGAGGCAGAUCUUAAGCCUUGGUCAGUCUGUACUGUAGAGGCAGAUCUUAAGCCUUGGUCAGUCUGUACUGAAGAGGCAGAUCUUAAGCCUUGGUCAGAUCCUCUUCAGAAGAACAGUAAAGCUAUGUACUGUACAGUAGUAGCAUUAAGCCAAGAUGGCUGCCUGUGGAAAUAGCAGCCAAGCUGAUAGACCGAGAACCCUCACCUUCUGGUAGAACUGAACAGCUGUUGUCCCAAAUGACACCCUAUUUCCCAUGUAGUGCACUACUUGUGACAAGAGUCCUAUGGGCCCUGGUUAAAAGUAGUGCACUAUAUAGGGGAUAGUGUACCAUUUGGACAGCCAGGCCCGUGCGCUCUAUUAGCUUUUGAUGGCACUGUACUGUAGUUGAAGCGGGCCGUUCAGAAUCUGGACUUUGUGGGCAAGGUCACCUUUGCUUUAGUUUAGAUUGACAUUUCCACGGUUUAACUCAGGAACCUCUAACAUAAUGUUUUCAGAGAAAUCCUCCCUCAUAUCCACUGUAGAACACAGAUGAGACCAAUGAGUCUAUGCUGCACACUGACUGUUACACUGUCUCCCUCCUCACUCAGAUGUGCUUACUGUACAUGUUGAUGACUCGUGCCAUCAGUCCUCCAGGUAAAGAGGAGGACCUCAGUGAACUACUGUCUGCAGGGAGAUAUGACACGUGAAGGCAGGCAUGUUAUUAUUACUGCUACAUGUUCUUAAAUAAUUUCCUCAUUGCAGAACUGGAAGCUUUUUUAGCUGCUAAUUGGUAGGAAGUGAAUUCCGAUAGUUAGGGUGGGAAACCUUAUGACAGUCUACGGUGCAUCAGUUAGAAAGCUCUGGACAUCUUCCUGUCUCAUAUUUAUAGCAGUACUCCUCUUGAUACCUCCAGCCUGCCUGCUUAAAUAACUGGAGCAGAACUACUGCACCACUCAGUGGAGAACUGAACACUAUAGUUGUAGUCUGCAUUACUUCCUGUAUUCCCUCAGUAGUUUAAGAGAACGUUUCAGGAUAAGCUGUUCUUUACCUCCGUGCCAAUGGAGGCCGACCUUUAACCUCACCCACACUUAGGAAAAUAUUGUUGCUCACGUAAAAGUGGGUGUAUGAAAAUAUGUAAUUUCAAGACUGUUCUAAAUGUUACAUCUGCAUGUUAGUGGUACUGUAAUUUACAAGUUUAAAAUGCGACCGAUUUGCCAAAGGAGGCUGUGAAUGAAGCCUACAUGCUGUAAGUAAAUAUUAGUCUACUCUCGACAAGGUAUAUGCUUUUAAAGAAAUAUUGAUGGUUCUUGUUAAUGUAACUGUAUAACUGUAAGGACUGAAUAUUACGUCAACUUUUAUAUGACAGGUAUAAAUGUAUUAUCCAUUGCACCGUGUAUAAACACAUGAAAUAUCCAUUUGUUUGGCUAAUAUGAGUGUACUGUAUGCUGUAGGUACACUGGUAGCAUGUGGUAACAUUACACAAUGCUUGGUGGUGGUGAAUGCGCUCGCAUAUCAGGAUUUCAAUACUCCUCUGAGUUCAUAAUUAACACACGUUUGACACAGACAUGAAUUAUUGAGAACAAAAUAAAGAUGAGAAAAUGGAAGCUGUUGACUGCUAC